AUGGGUGUCGACACCCGCAGACCGAUCUUGCCCGCCCCCACUGAAUCCAUUGUCGACACUACUACUGGCGGCAGCGUAACAGGAACUGAUCUGGCAACUGACGUCUCUCGCCGCACAGACAAAACGUCGUACUCAAUCCCAGACGACGGCAGUCCCGUUACUAUCCCCACCUCCCGGCGGAGGCAUCGUGAGCGCGAGCGCGAGCGCGGGGACGACUCCAAGCUGUCCCACUCGCAACACUCACAAACCUCCCUCCUGAUCGAGUACUUCGAAGGAGGGAAGGGCUCCGGCUCUCUCGUCUCUCGUCCCAGUGUCCGGGUCAGAGUCACCCCGUCCACGGCCCGCAAGCUCAAGGACCAAAAAGAUCAUCAUAUCCAAAUCACAGAAGGUGGUGGCCAGCGGAAACCUGUCUACUCCCGUCGCAUCUCACUCAGCUCUCCCCCAUCAAAACAGAGGCAGCUGGCGGAACCCAGUGGGGAUGAUCAGAGUAUUAGUUCUUCCAACUCUGCUACCGAUGAUAAUAACAACCAUCACUCCUCCCGCCAACCUCCCUUUGAGAUUGAGUUUGUGAACCGCGGCGAUCAGAGCAGUGAGCUCUCCAGCCUCUCUCGCGACACCAGGUUGAUCCAACCAACCUCGGAUAUUUCUUCUAUGCCAGCGGAUAGCAUGCUGGAUGCCCCUCCAUCAUCUUCUGGUCCACGACGAAAGCGCAGUUCAAGUCUGUCAAGAGAACCCAGCCACCAUUCAAAAGACCUACUUAAAACCCCAACCCGACAAAGAAGUCGCAGUCUUAGCCACGAGCGGAUUGCACACCGAGUCGCUGAGAAGCUGAGCAACGAGCCCCGUAACACCUCUGCCAGUAGACGCAGACGGGCAGAAAGGGAAAUGGGCCGCAGCGAUCAGGAUAUCCUUGAACAAGAUCUCAAAUCCCCUAGACGACGUUUCCAAGGGCAUAUCGACGACGACAUCAUGGCUAGCCCAGAGUCGAGCUUGCUUAGUGCCUCCGCGGUGUCUUCUCGCCGCCGGUCAGGCGACCAACAGUCCUUCCGCUCAGGAACCUCCAACAGAUCAUCCAUCAACAACCCUAAACUUCUCGAAACCGUCGAAGACGCCAUCCGCAGAUUAAUCCUCCCUGAGCUGAAAGAGCUGAAAAAAGACCAAAAGGUCAGCUUCAACACAUCCAAAUUCGAGCGUGAGCUCAAAGAAGCUUACUCGCCGGCGAGUACCCCGUCUCGAGACGAACUCGGACGACGGCUUUCUAAGCAUGCAAGCGCACCUGACGUCCGGAAGCCAAAGGUGGUCCUCAACAAGGAUAGCCAGGACGAGGGCCUUGUGCUCGCUGGUGAACCUGCACCCACACCCGCACCCGCACCUGCACCGAGCAAAAAAGAACGCAAGUCAAGCAAGGGCAGUGAAAUCUCCGACAUGGGCUAUGUCAAAUGGGCCAACCGACCAGACCUGACUGAGACCGAUAAAUUACGACGGCAGAGGAGCAGAGGGCUGCGUGAUGCUGAAAAGGCUGGAAUCGUGGGAACGGCCCUGACCGCUGCCGCUCUUCAACGCCAUGAGUCAAAGUCUAGUAUGGGUGAAACAGAGAGCAGACGGGGAAGUGAGUCGAGGAGCCGUGCUCCGAGCAUCAACGAGACGGAGCUCGUGUUCCAAAGACACAACGUAGCACCCAUGCCACUGCGCAGUGCGGUUGAAACGGAACUUACCAGAGACUCCCUGCUCUCGCAAAGAACCGAGACAGCUACCCCUCAUCAGAACUUUAGGUACCAGGAUGUACCUCGUGAAUCGCCUCUGCAGGUUACCUCCCCCACAUCUCGCACUCCAAACCGCACCCCUCUAGACACGCGGUAUGAAUUAGGGCUGCGUCACAGCAACAUGUCGCAGCACAACCUCUCUAUCCAUAGUGCUUCCGAUCGUGACUUGCGUGAGGGAAGCCGUUCACCCAUGGGAGAAGCCGCUGCUGGAGCCAUUGCAGCUGCGGCCGCUGCCAACCUCCUUGACGCAUAUGACGAUCAUGACGACAAUCUUAGUGAAAACACCAAGCGGAGGACUCUUAGCCCAAUCCAAAGUGUAGCGAGCGAUUUGACCGAGGUCCGUGCUCAGCAUUCGUCGGCUCCGCAUGAUAAACAUGCAUACUCUGAAGGUGAGAAAGAACUGGAACCACGAUUCUCCAUAUCCUCGCUCUCUUCUGCGCCGAGUACGAACCUUGCCAGGUCGACGAGGGCAGGAGGGAUCAGUAUAGAAAGUCAGAUUGAGAUACUGAGACUGCAAAAAGAAGUUGGCCACGAACUCGGAUACGAAGAAUCGCCCAGGCCGUCUCGAGAAAACUGGGCGCAAGACUCCGAGGCUGAUGACGAUUACGGCUAUCAGCAUUCGACGGCAGGAAGCAACACCACCCUUGACGCCAAGCGGAUGAACUACCCCGAAGAUAGCGAGAUCGAUUACUUGGAAAAGGCCAACCAAGGGAAGCAGGUCGGCCAAGGUACCGGUGUCAACCCUCAGUUUGUCCACCCAUCGACCGUUGAAUCGGCAGUCGCCUCGCUGCUAGAUCCUUCGAUUGUCGACACCAAGUCCGCACAGAAUGCGAACCGGUCCCACCAUAACCUUCCAGAGCAGCUCGAGACUCGCAGUAACAAGUCGAUGGAUUGCCCGGAACCCUCUCAGAGCUCUCGCCAAGGCAGUCCUUUGAAGCAGCGUCAGGAUGCUUCCAGUCCCGAUGAGACAUCCUUCCCCAAGAGGAUGGGUGCCACUUCCCCUCCCCAGAGUGUCACACAGUCGAUCGAAGACCAAUUUGAUCCGGCCAAUAUUUUCCCUGCUGACAUGCGUGAUUUGGAAAGCCCCAUGCCAGAUGUUGACCAUGACCUGGACUCUGAGUCCGAGAUCAACACCAACCCGUCGAUUAUCCAGGGUCCCGCUGGUGGCGUUUCCCACGACAACAGAGACCACUGGGGUUAUAACUCGACGCCCCCCAAGACUGGUCACUCGCCUUUCUACGACAACGCUGCUGCAGGUGACAGUGGAGGCCUAGGAAUGGAAUCUGGUGAGCAACCGGGCUAUAACCAAGACUACUACCCCGCGGAUCCCUAUGCCCCAGAUAACUACUUUGACCAUGGCCAGAUGUUUGGCACACCGCCAGGAGUCAAGGAUGAGGGCUAUGUGUCGGCGCCCAACCCGGUUUCUCCGAGUAUCGGUUCUCCCAGGCCAGGCAGCAAGGGUCUCGGUGGCAUGGACGCUGGUGGUAUGGGUCUCUUCGAUAGCCCUGGAGCAGACGAUUCUUUCACGCCUUCUCAUCAGCGGAACCUGAGUGGUUAUUCUCAUGGAGUUGGUUCCCCCUUGUAUGAUAGUGCCACGGGCAAAGGCAUCGACAGGAUCCAGUCCAAGGAUAUCAUUGCGCUGAUGGAUCAUCUCACUGUCCGUGACGCUCAACGAAACGCACGGGACACGGAAAUCCUGGUGUCCCUGGUGCGAAGUGCUGCGGAGAUGCGCAACUCUUUCGAGGAGAUGAAGAAGUUCAUUUCUCAGCAGGAUGGAAUGCUCAUGGAAUCCAAUGAAAGACAGCAUGAGCGAACAUACAAGGCUCUCGGUGGUCCACGUCCCCAGCCCCCCAGCGGCCCAAGACCACCUCGCCAAAAUUCUGCAGAUGAUGCUGACGAUAUGCGCUCGAAACGGAAGAAUGUGUUCAAGCGUGCAUUGAAGGGUCUGAACCUCAAAUCCGGAAAUGACCUGACCAAGAUCGAAGACAUGUUGGAACAGCUCCUGGAAGAAGUUGAAAUGUUACGGGCUGGACAGGACGACAUGUUUUACCGUGGCAGUGGAGGCACUCGUGCCCCGAGUGUCGAUACUGAGGGAUAUGAGCCCGAAGGUCAUGCCGGCACUUCAUCUCCGGAUCACUCUGGAUACCUCUCCAACUCUUCUCGACCUGCCGCAGGCAAUCAACUGCGCAGAGAUUCCGAGCACCGCGUGAGCACCGUCCACGAGGCCGAUGAAGAGGCUGAGCUUGACGACCGAGAUUUUCCGGGUCAAAACAUGGCGUCUCGUGAGAAUUCCAAGGCUCGAAGCGAAAGGGGAGGAUCUGCUCCUGUCUCGACGUCGCCGCGUGGGCCAGUGGCCAGCGGUGCACUCAGCAGCGAGUCGACUCCUCCCAAGACGAACGAAAAGCAACGCAAACACAAGUCGAGCAGCUCUUCCUUCUUCCCCAAGAUCUCCCGCUGGUCCAAGACCACAGCCUCUUCUAUGGGUGACAAUAUUCGCAACAGCAUCCAGCCAGGACGGAAGGAGCGUGCAUCGUUUGACGUGUCUCGCUCAGGGUCUGACCUUGGUCAGCCCUACAAGAACGAUUACUACGAUCCCCAGGGUGAUGAUAAAAUCCGCUCCACAUUCACACUGGACGAUCAACAACAGCAGGAAAACCGUCCCCCGUCUCCUUUGGUUCCGUCGCAGAUGUCCGAAGCUCCCAAGUACCGAGCCCACCGGGACAGUAUCGAUAUGCAACACCCUCAGCCACGCCAGGGUCCCACAGGCCGAUACCAGUCUCAGCUUGAAACACAGGCUCAAGUCUACCAAGCUCCUCCAGAGCAGUGGGGGUCGAAUCCCAGCUUGUCGGCGGUCAACACCAACCAGAACCGACACAGUGGUCCUGGCCGUCUGUCUCCAAUAUCCGAUGCAGGCUACUCGGAAGCAAGCUCAAGACACACGGGACCACCAAGGCCGCCCAAGAUCCGGGAUGAUGGACCAUUAAUUCCCGAGAGACCACCCAAGGUCAAUGACGACGAGGAACGCUCCUACGCCUCGCGUGUUGCUUCAAGGCAGAGCUCGAUCAUGAAAUCCCCGCGCAACACGCCGCCACCACGGAAACCGACAGGGCCUCGACCGCUGAACUCUGGCAGUCAGUAUAGCAGCCCUGGCAAUCCAAAGAGAAGUCGAUACCGUGGAAGUCCGGACCAGAUCGAUGAUGACAUUGAUUAA